AUGGCAACCGCAACCGCCGAGAAGCCCAAGGAGCAAAAGCCCUUCCAGCAGCAAGAGGACGACUACUCCGAUUACGACUCGGAUGAGUAUUCGGUCUCUGGGGACGAAGAUGAUCAUGCCCCUCAGAAGCCCGUUCAAAAGCAACAGCAGCGACGACGUCAACAGAACCAACAACGACGUCCUGCUGACGACGAGGAUGACUAUUCCGACGACUAUUCUACAGACGAAUACGACGACGAUGACUAUGAAGACGAGGUGCAGGGCAAUGCGAUGCAGCCCUUCAAGCGGGGCCAGCAGUCAUUAACCAACCAGGGCAUCAGCAGCCAGCAGGUGCAAAACGGAGCGAUGAACACCGUCGAUAAGGGCGGCGAGGAGAAAGACGACGGUCUCCGACUGACCCUGGAGUUGAACCUCGAGAUCGAGGUGGAACUGAAAGCACACAUUCACGGCGACCUGACCCUAUCCUUGCUGUAA